AUGUAUAUCGUGGUUGUAUUAGUCAACGAAAAUUCUGUUGAUGUUGUUGGGGAGAAGUGGUUCCACGAACAUGACAAGGGUCUGCUCAUGUGGCCAGAUAACCCAAGAGUGCGAAGGCGGUGUUUGGAGAAUGAGGAGCGUCCACCCGAGGGGACGCCUUUUCACCCAGUUAGGAUACUGGGAACAUACUUCACAUUGGAGGAGGCUCGCCAGCGCGCUAAGAUGGCGGAGGAGACCUCUGAUCUCUUCACUCAGGAUUUACUUGGAAGGCAUACUAGGCGACCGGCGUCAAGGCGAACAUUCAGACACUUUACCACUUGGUGA